AUGGACGACCACAGGCGGCAGUGUGGGCGGGGGGCGCCAAACAGCGUUGCAGUGAACAGGAACUGCGGGCCGGGGUACAAAGAGAAUCUACCCUCCAAGUGUUUCAGAAAGCACGAACACAGGCCGAUGUGUCCCACCUCCCUGAACAGCCUGCGAUGGACCUUUGUGAAGAAGGGACUGGAUGACUUCAGGAAAGGCUGCCCGCCUUGUGAAGGUCUGAUCACUCGGGGUGCUCAGGAGGCCUUUCUCCCCCAGAUUCAUCCAACUGCUCCCCGACCUGCCCCAAAGAAGAGGCAGCACAGGCAGCCCAAGGAAGCAGCCCCGUUUUCCAAGCUCUCACCAGCCCAGCGGGUACAGAAGGCCUUCCCAGCAGACGUCCAAGCCUGGCUGACCCCACACCCCUUGGCUCUUUACCCAAAUCUGGGGGAAGACAUGCCUGUCGAGCUCUUAUUAAAGGUGCUGGAAGUGCUGGAUCCGGACAGGAAACUGGAGGAUACGUGGGCUUACUGUCAGGGCAUCAGGAAAAGAACAGAGAAACCCACAAAACUUUUAAAAAAACGUUCUACCCAAAUCUACCCGGGACUUCCCAAGAAGACUCCUGUGUCACAUCCAGGUCAAUGGCUUUAUAAAGAAAAGAAGCCAAGUGAAACAGAAUUGCUCCACCAAGUUGGUCCUCUUCAUGAAAAUGUACGCAAAGCAGUUAGCGACUUCUGCAACUGGGCUACUUCUUUUGGAAGUUCAAACAUUGAUGAAGAGUUCAUUCUGAAACAGUUUGACAUUGACUAUCAGAGCAAACCAAACCAUGAUGUACUCCACACAAUGAGACUCAACCAGGUUCCUCUGGAGGUAAAGGAGGUGGGGCUAAAGAAACUACAAGAGCCACAAUUUUUCCAGAAACUAGACUAUGAGCAGAAACACCGGAAACUACAGAAUCCUUAUAAACCAAAGCGUGUGAAGAUGAGGUAUGGAGCAUGGUACCUGGACACCAACUUGUGGAAAAAACAGAGAGCAGAUGAACCUUUGGUUGACCCCAAGGUCUCAUGUAAAGCUCAAGAUGAGAAUCUUAAAAAGCAGCUGCAGGAACAGGAGGAGUUACUAGCAGACCUUCAUGGAACAACUGCUUUUAAGGAUUUCAUUCUAAGAAGGGGCUACAGAAUGCCAAGUCAGGAAAAUGUGGGAGAAAUGAUGAUGGGUGAUUCCUGAGACUAAAUCAUAAAAGACAUUGCAGCUUCCUCCUUGUUCUCACUUGGAUCCUUUGCUCUGGGAGAGACUAGCUGCUAUGUUGUGAGGACACCCAUCCUACCUAUGGAAAGGCCCCCAUGGAAAAUUCUGCAAACAGCCAUGUGAAUAAACAAUCUUGGAAGUGGAUCCUCCAGCCCCAUGAAGACUUCAGAUGAUACUGGAAGCCCUACUGACAUCCUGACUGCAGCCACGUGGAAGAUGCUGAGCCACAAGUACCCAACUAAGUUGCUUCUGAAUUCUUGACCCAUAAAAACUACUCCAAUGAUUCUUGUGUUAAGCUAUUAUGUUUAGGGAUUAUUUG